AUGAAGUUCGCAGCUGGUCUUUUGCUCGUAAUGGUAGGUGCGGGAGCUGCAAAGAGCGAGCUCCUGGUGGAGGACCGGAAUGGCGAGGUGCCUAUGAUUGUCAAGCCGGAUAUCAUUGCGGUCCAGGUAAGUGGCUUCAGUGGUUCUGGCACUACUGGAACCUCUGCAUUCCCAAGCUACCAGUGUCUGCCAGAUACCGGCCCUAUCAUACCACAUGCUUUCCCGUGGGGCCAAUGCGGGGGAGUGAGCUGGCAGGGUCCUUUCCUUUGCGCUCCUGGCUGGUCAUGUGUAGUCGCAAACGCUUAUUUUUCCACUUGUGUGGUGAAUCCAGGCCAUAGCGAUGCUUCCGUCUCUCCUACUCCAAAUCUCGCAGCACCUGGGAGCUGGUGUGGAGCAACCGCAAUUGCUAGAAAGGAACCAGCGGAGUGUGUGAAAGGGUUCACUUGUUCUGGUCCAUGCACCUACGGAUACUAUGCAUGUCUCCGGAGCCCAAGCAUCGGCACUUAG